AUGGCCACACGAGAUUUUCAGAAGGCGCUUGAUGCUGCGAGAGACGGCAAAAUUGAUGAAUUUAAUAAUUAUUUUAAUGAACAAGAUGUUAAUAAUAAAUCAGAAGGUUGUACCAUGUUAAUUAUUGCUUGCCAAAAAGGACAUUUAGAAAUUGUUAAAUUAUUAUUAUCAUGUAAAACAAUUGAUGUUAAUUUGGGUUUUGAUGUUUUUGAUGUUGAUUUUGAUACACCAUUAUACACUGCUUGCCAAAAUGGUUAUUUAGAAAUUGUUAAAUUAUUAUUAUCAUGUAAAACAAUUGAUGUUAAUUUGGGUCGUAAAUUUCCACCAUUAUACACUGCUUGCCAAAAUGGGCAUUUAGAAAUUGUUAAACAAUUACUUCAACAUCCAAAUAUUAACAUAAAUUACACAUGGUCAGUGAAUGGAAUUAAUAUUCAAACAAUUAAAAGUGACAUGGAAAAAGAACAACAACUAUUAAAAGAACAAUCGGAACAAUUAAAAUUUAACCAACUAGAAAUGGAAAGAUUAGAAAGAGAAAGAAUUAAAAAAUUAGAAAUGGAAAGAAUUGAAAAGGAAAGAAUUGAAAAAGAAUGUUUACUAAAAAUAGAAAGAGAAAGAAAAGAAUUAGAGAAAAAACAAUCAUUCAUAAUCACAUCUGAAACAUUUUCAAAAUUAUGUUCACUCAACCAACAAGUUGAUAAUAAUAGAAGAAAAGUUGAAAAACAAUUUGAAUCGAUUCAAUCAUUUUCUUCUUCUAUUCAAAUUAAGAAAGAAUUUCAAGAUGAAUAUUUAACAAUUUGUAAUAAUUUAAAUAAUUGUUGUAAUUUAAUUGAAAGAUUAACAAGUAAUAAUUAUAAUAUUGAAAAUAAUGAACAUUUAUUAACUAUUAAUAAUUUAAUGAAUAAUAUUAGAACUAUAUUGGAAUUUAUUAAUAAUCAAAAAUAUUUAUUUAAAUUACAAUCUUAUUUAGAAGUAUUAAGUGAAAAAUUAGAAUUAUUUAAUGAAUUUAAUUCUCAAUUUAUUAAACAAGAAUUAUUUGACAGUAUUGAAAUGAGUGAACAAUCUAUUAAGAAUAUAAACAUAUUAAUUUCAGACAAUGAUCAAAUGAAUAUUUUAGAAUUAUAUAAUUAUUAUCAAAAACAAGAAUUAAAUUGUAAAUUAUUAAUUCAAGAAACAAUUCCAUAUAUAAUUGAAAAAUAUGAAAUGUUACAAAAUAUUAUAAAUAUUAUGAAUAAUUAUUCAAAUUUAUCUGAACAAUUUAAAACCAUUCAAAGACAAAAAACAAGAAUUACAAGAAAUUUAAAUAUGUUAAAUCUAGAUAUUGAAGGAUUAAAAGAUGAAUUGAAACAUGUUAAUAAUGAAGAUGAAAUGAAUGAUAUUAAAGAUGAAAUUCAAAUUAAAGAAUUUAAUUUAAUUGAAUUAAAAUCUAAUUUGAAGGAAAAUAUUCAAAAAUUAAAUGAAAUUAAAAUGAAAUUUCUUCAAUUAACGACAAUUGGAUUUGAUAUUAAAUCAAACAUGGCAAGUGAUUUAUUAUCUAAUUUAAAUAUUAAUGAAAUGACACCUGAAAUGUUUAAAGAAAUUAAACCAAUUCAAAAUUGGAAUGGAAAUCAUAAUGUUUUUAUUGGAAUUGAUUUAAAUGAUAAAAAACAUAUAAUUAAACAAUAUAAUUUAAAAGAUAAGAAAUCAAUUGAAGGUUUAGAAAAGGAAUUGANAAUUACAAACAAGUUAAAACAUUCAAAUAUUAUUGAAAUUGAAGGAAUUUACACUGAAAAUAUAACAAGUAGAACAAUGAAUUUAUUCACAAGAACAAGUGGAAUUGCUGGUACAUUGGAUUAUUUAGCACCUGAAUUAGUGAAUGGAAAAACAUCAGCAACAUUUAAAUCUGACAUGUUUGCAUUUGGUAAAACAAUUAAAAAUUGUAUGAAAGAACAAGAAUUGAAACAAUUCAAAUCAUUGAAUAAUUUAUGUGAUGAAUGUUUGAAUUCAGAUGUAAAUUUGAGACCAUUUGCAUCUGAUGCACUUGCAAAUGAAUUCUUUUUGAAAGGAACAUUAUUAGAUGAAGUUAAAAUUCAGAAACAUGUUCAAUUAAUGGAAAAUCAAUCAAAGGAAUUGAAAGAUUAUCAGAAUCAAUUGAAUGAAUUUGAAUUGAAAAUGAAAAAAAAUCAUGAAAAUUUGAAAAUUGAAAUUUUAAAUCUAGAAAAGGAAAAGAAACAAUUUUCAAAUUCAAAGUCAAAGAAAAGUGAAGAAAUUUCAAAGAAAUUACAAAAUUUGAAACAAAAAGAAAUUGAAAUUGAGAAGAUGGAAAAGGAAAUUAAAGAAUCAAAAUCCAAACAAUUAACAAUUUCACUUCCAAGUUAUUGGAAAAGAAACACAUUCCAAACUUAUUCGAAAAGAUAUUACACUGUUGAUGUUACACAAUAUUUAAAAGAUACAAUGCAAGAAAUUAUGAAUGUAUCGUGUAAUUCUGCAACACUUGGAUCUGGAAGAGAUCAAUUAUCAAGAAUUAAUUAUUCUAAAUUAAUUGUUUCAAGUGUUUCAAGAAUUGAAAAUUCAACACUUUUCACUUCAUUCAAAUCAAGAAUGAAUCAUUUAAUUUCAUAUCAAGAUUCAAUUAAUUCACUUCAAGUUCAAACUGAAAAUAUUUCAAAAACAUCAAAAUCAUUUGAAUGGAUGAAAACAAUUGGAUUAAAUUCUAAUAUGAAUGAAAAAUAUUUAUGGCAUGGAACAAAACCUGAAUUUGUGAAUACAAUUGCAGAACAUGGAUUUGAUGAAAGAGUUGCAAAUUUAAAUGGAUUAUUUGGAGCAGGUAUUUAUUUUGCAGAAUAUUGUUCAAAGAGUGAUCAAUAUUGUACACCUGAUCAUUCCAAUGAAUAUACUCUAUUAUUAUGUAGAGUUGUAAUGGGAAGACAAAUUCAUUUCACAAAACAAGUGAUGAAUAAUCAGAGAAGACCACCUGAAAUUUCAGGAAGUAACAAUAGAGUUUAUGAUAGUGUUAUUGGUCAAUCAAAUACUUCAACUAAUUCAUAUAGAGAAUUCAUUGUCUAUGAUAAAUGUCAAUGUUAUCCUGAAUUUAUUAUUAAAUAUAAGAGACAAUAA